AAUUCUCUGGAUGGCAUGGAGGAGCAAGCCAUACACCAUUGCAUUAUUCCUGAAGUGCCAGCAAAUGAAGCAGGGGUCCAAAGCCCAAAGUUCUUUUUUGUUAUGACCAUUGACUUCUCUCAGCACACACCUAACUAGCAAGAUGCGUUUUUCCUUUCAAAUAAAUACAUAUCUACAAUUUAGCAAUUUAAUAAAGAACAACACACAAAGGAGAAGAAAGGAGAAGCAUUUGAUGAGGAAUGAAUUAAUAUUGACACAUCUCUGCCAGUUGAAAAGAAAAGAGCAAGAUGCAGAAGAUACAGUGAAAGAAGCAGCUCCACUAAUUGCUUCUCGGAAGGUCAUAGCCAGAGAAAAUAAAGUGAAAAAACCUGGAUGUACAUCUGAGUUUAAUAAUGAAAAAACAUUUAAAAGAACAUUAGUCUCGUCAAGCAACAGCGACUGAGGCUGAAACACACAGGCAAAAUGAAGCAGCUUCAGGCCACUUUGGGGACAUGGCAUUUAGAUGACGCAUGCCCCCAAUAUGGCCUAAAGUCACACUCCAGUCCAAAGGACCAGAGCAAAAAGGAGCAAUAUUAAUCCAUUCCUGUGGUGUCUGGCUUGAAACUUAUGGUGGCAGCCCACUUUGAGAAUGGUCCAUGUGGUUGCCAUAGUCUCAGCCCAACUGUGGCUGGAGGGGCCUUGGAACAAUCCUUUUGGCCUGUAUGCUUCACCUCUGAAAAAAAGACACUUCUAAAGCAGCCAAAACGGCAAAUUAAGAAACAGAGGCAGACUGGACUGCUGUCAUGGUAAAAAUAAAUCUUGGGCGAAAACAAAUAAAUAAGAAUUACCUCCUUGGAUAGGACCAGGAAUUCUAGAAACUAAGACAGAGAAAUCUCUUAUCAUUGCUUCAGGCCACGAUGUUGGGAAUAGAGAUUCCACAACAGGAGGUAGAGUUGAACUGUGCAGCAUCUUCAGGCAUCAUGAACAAAGAAGGAAACCAGGAUGCAGGCGUGAAGCUUGAAUAAUGCAAACAGUGUAAACAAGGAAGUGAAACAGGACCAAGAGAAUCAGCAGAGCAGCAAAAAAAGUAAAGAAACUCAACCUUCAUUCUUGACAUAUUUAAAAAGCAUGCUGACAGAGAAUCAAGAAGCAGUAAAUGAAUUAACACACCUUCAACCACAUGCCUCUAGUUUAGUGAAAUUUACAAGAUUCAAUUAGGGAAUCAGUGAGUAGAGAAAUUAAUAGUAUGUUUAACUCAUGAAACACUCUUAGUAAUGGAAGGAGGCUUAAUGCAUUAUAAUAACUACAACUUAAUGAAUUGGUUUCAUCAAAUUAAUGAAUUUGAUGCACAGAGAAGAUUUGAAUACAAUGAAUUCAUUAUCUAAUGAGUUACAGCCAUCAGUUAAUCCAAUUAAUUCAAGUGACAUGGUGUGAAACAAAAUUCUCCAUGUGAGUCAACUAAAAAUAAACAAAACAACAGACAAUAAAAUGAGGCCAUAAAAUAAAAGAGAAAUCAAAGGGAGAAAAAGGUUUUAAACAUAUUUUAAAAGGGUGCUACAGACAUUAGGUUUAGACAAUAUUCAGGAGGAUGUUCAAAACAGCUGGGGGAAAGGAAAUAAUAAUAGACCAGCAACAGUAGUGAAAAGACCAACACUAAGAGGUAGUGGGAUUCCAUUGCUAGAAAUGUUCAAAGAAUUAAUAGAUUUAGAUGGGAGACUCCAUUAAACACAGAGAGAUUUCUAGGGUAUGAUAUAAUCAAAAACAAUACACACAUGAGAAGAAGGACAUGAAGCAUCUUAAUGUCCCAUGAGUCGAUGGUCCAAUUUCAGUAGUUAAUUUCUCAUGUAAUAGUUCCUAAAGAGGGGGACAUAGCACUUAGAGACAUGGAUGAACAUAGAAUUAAGACAGCAUUAAAAAGAUUGUGUGAGGCAUCAAAAUUGGCAAUCCGUUCCUCAAUUGCUGCUCCUAUGUUUGCUAGAGCAGUUGUAUUAUGGACACAAGAAAUUUUAAGAUAUCAGUGAAAAGAAUACAGAAAGCCCUACAAUUCACAGCAGAUGCAGGAUGUGACGCAGCAGCAUUUGCAGCUAGGAAAAUAACUGUGGGUAUAACAUUACUUUGGCUUCAGCAUUGGGAGACCAAUUAGAAAUCAAGAACAAAUUUAGCAUUCAUACCUUUCCAAGGGGAGCUUCUCUUUGGGAAAGUGCCCUUAGAGAAGGUGUUGGUAGAGAAUUUUAAAAAAUGCGUUCCAUUUUUUAAAAGAAAACCAGAAAAGAAACAGUUCAGAAAUACAUAUUAUUCUUUUUGAGGAGGUAGAGGAUUUGGAAAACAAACUGAUGCAAGAUAUGGAAGGCCACAGUGGAAUGGGACAGAUUACCAUCAGAGAAGACAAACCUUUCCCAAAAUAGAAGAGGGACAAGCCAAAGUAAUAGAGGAGGCUGCCAGCAGUACUGAUAGAAGACAAUCCUGGAGGGAAAAAGAUUUCUGCAGUUUGGAGAAAUCCAUGUGGAUAGCAAGAAUGUGUUGCGACUCAAAGAUGAUGGACAGCAAAACCUCAUAGAGACAGAUGCCAUUGAUGAAAGCCAACUCUUUCAUCCAGCAGCAGAGUACAAAAUGAACCAUAAGAGAAGAGGACUUGCUCUUAUCUUCAAUCAUGAGCAUUUUUUCUGGCACUUAAUGUUACCAGAGAGACGUGGCACCCUUGCUGAUAGAGAGAACCUGAAACACAGCUUGACUGAACUUGGAUUCGAAGUGAAGUGUUUUGAUGAUCUGAAAGCAGAAGAAGUGUUACAAAACAUUUACAAUGUGUCCACAGCUCAACAUGAAGAUGCAGACUGCUUUAUGUGCAUUUUCCUGAGCCAUGGAGAAGAUGACCAUGUUUAUGCCUAUGAUGCUAAAAUAAAGAUACAGUCGUUGACCAACAUGUUCAGAGGAGACAAAUGUCCAAGUCUAGUAGGGAAGCCAAAAAUAUUUAUCAUUCAGGCAUGCAGAGGAGAUAAACAUGAUGACCCAGUUCUUGCGACUGAUUCAGUGGAUAGUACGAAGGAAUCAGACAUCAAUGAAACAAAAGUUGAUGCUGCUGCUGUGUAUACCUUACCUGCUGGUGCAGACUUCCUCAUGUGUUACUCAGUAGCAGAAGGGUACUAUUCUCAUCGUGAGACUGUUAAUGGUUCCUGGUACAUUCAAGAUUUGUGUAAGAUGAUAAGACAGCAUGGUUCAUCCCUGGAGUUCACAGAAUUACUGACACUGGUUAACAGAAAGGUGUCUCACCGUAAAGUUGAUGUGUGCAGAGAUAUUAAUGCUCUAGGGAAAAAGCAGAUUCCUUGCUUUGCUUCAAUGUUAACUAAGAAGCUGCUUUUCCGACCCAAAUCUAAGUAGCUUACUGUAGCAAUAAGAACUCAGUCUUGUUUUUUAAAUUUUCUUUUUCUGUAUAGGUCUUAAGCCAAAUAAACAACAAACUUGAAUUAUAGAUUUAAGAUGCAAUUCUGUACCCACUUACUUGGAAAUAUGCCCAUUAAGCUCAGUUGGGUCUCGGUGCUAUAGAGUGUUCCGUUAUUGUGUACGGCUUCAUUUAUUUCAAAUCACUGUAGAUUUUUAGUCAAAUGAGAUUAUUUCCAACAUCGAAAUGCUUAUGGCAGACACAAGCAGUAAAAUUAAAACUGGCAAAUAUAACCAUGAUUUUAAAUGUUCUCAAUAUUAGAAGUUUUAAAAUGGGGGAAAAAAAGUAUCAACAAAAUUAUGAAUUCAAAAAAAAAAUUGACAUUGGUAGAAAUUUCAUGAAUAUCUUUUGGAAAUGGUUUGAUUACAACUUAUUUGCUAACCUCAGGGAGUUUUUGAAAUUAAGUCAUCUGACCAAUAAAGGAGCAGCUAUUGACCUUUUCUCCUGUUUUCAAGUUUGCACUUAAUUACUGCUUGAAUCACAUUUUGUAACAAUUUUGUACUCUUAAACAUUUUUGAUUGUUGGAUUUAUAUAGGUGAAUCAUGUAUAUUAGGGACCACUUCCUUUACAUACUGCACUUCCUAGAUUUCCCUGCAUAUUUUGGCUUUGACAAGUGCUAUCUAAGUACUAUCAGAGAUUUAAUUGUGAAAUGUUGUGAUUUGUCUGACUUACAAAAGAGAGCCCCAACUGUUUUUCAAAAAGUGCUUGGAUCAUGCAGUAUUCCUGGCUCCUUUUAUUCCUCAUGUUUUCCAGGGUGUAGCUACGUAGCCCAAUUCUGGAGGGGAUUGUUUCAGCACAGAUAAGUUGUGUUCCAUGACAUUUUGUGUAUGGUGUGUUUCUAGAUAAAUGCUGCCUGUGUGGAUGUUUUUAAAUGUGUAGAUUAUUGACUAUUUCCAAGGGACUUGUUUGUGCAAAAUGUUCAUCAGAAAAAACACUCCCAAAACUAUAAUGUCUUUUUAUUUUCAUUAUGAAAAUUACAUUCAAAUAGAGGAGGUUGCAGAGUAAAAUAAACUCUAAACAAAACA